CGUCUCUGCCUCCCCCUCUGUGGUGGGACGUUUCCGGGUUUUAGUGUUUUUUCACUUUUACCUUUUCUGAGAUCGCCCUUGACUCGAUCGACUCGAGUCUAUCUCAUCUGUCUUUCUUCACUUCGACGAUUUCAAUCGGUCGAUCGUUAUCAUGGGCUCAAAAUUAUACGUUGGGAAUCUGAGCUGGAGCACCGGUGACGAUGGCUUGCGUAAUGCUUUCGGGCGCUAUGGCGCAGUUACCGAUUCGAUCGUGAUGCGCGACCGCGAGACGGGGCGCUCGCGCGGCUUUGGCUUCGUCACAUUCACCACUGCUGAGGAAGCUAAUGCUGCGAUGGGCCAAAUGGACCAGACCGAGCUUGACGGCCGCACGAUCCGUGUCAACGUCGCCAACGCCAAACCCUCUGGCGGCGGAGGAGGCGGUUACGGUGGCGGUGGCGGUGGCUACAGUGGCGGUGGUGGCGGGUACAGUGGAGGUGGAGGGUACAGUGGAGGGGGAGGGUACCAGGGCGGCGGCGGCGGCUAUCAGGGAGGUGGUGGCUACGGAGGUGGCGGCGGCUACUGAGCCAACCUGGGGCACUCGCUCCGCAUCUGGGCGUCCAUGGGUAUGUGUACGCGCGUGCCUGUGGACGGAACUCGGGUGCAAGCGCUGGCCAUGGGAGGAAACGCCGUGUUUCUGUAAGUAUACCCAGGGCCAAAUGUCUGUAGCAUUCUUGUCUUUUUGUGUCAGUCUUCUGGGUCGUCUUCAUCCCCAUUCCAUCCAUCCAAAGCCUCGUUUCAUUACAACACCAUGCUGAGUUCCUGUUCGACCAUCACAAUGUUCUCUUCCUGCUCUCAUCCUCUGUAACGUCCAUCUUUCUGGGGUUGUCUCGUGUUUGCCGCACAUACAGUAUGUACAUUUUAGCCAUACCUGUAGCCUUGACGAAAGUAUUAUUGGGGUGUCUCUUUUAGCAUGGGUCCAGGGUGGAGCGUUGGAAAACAAGGUGGCUUCUGCUGCGGGCAAGAUGUUACUCCUAGCUAUUGCUCCAUGGCGUGGCGGGAGAACAAGAGCGCUUGAGCAAUCCACCGCCUCGAAGUCGUGAUGUCGAGGAAGCUCUCGUGUGUAACUCAGGGGCGGCGAAUUCUUUAGAGUAAAGUGCAUCUACAUCCCUUCCGUGGAAUCAGAUGCCACCCCGUCACCUGCAUCUUCACCAAGCCUAUACCUUAGCACCGGUCGGGCGCCAGCUUCAGACGCGCGUUGCUCCACACCUGUUCCUAGCUGCGGAGAAUUUCCCCAAAGACGCAACCGUAGGAUCCCAUGGCAUAACCUCCAGGAAGUUCGUCACCAAUUACAUGCCGACUAAUUCAAUCAACUGGGGUCGUGGUUCGUGCGUUGAGUUCAUGAUACAUCUCCACGGCAUACUCCUGCCUCUGGCGCCUCCACAUUCCGUCAUAACAGUCACACGCCUUGAUGCCCUCGCCGACUAUAGGCUCCUAAUAGAGCCUAGGGUCAGUCAAUAUUAAACUUGAACGUCAAAUUUGAGCGCGAGCAUCGGUCGCUUUCCCUCGAAGGCAGAAGAUGGGGACGAAAGGGACAGAUUUGGGAUGCGUAAAGGGUCUUUGAACCUGAUCUAAUGCCGGCGACUACAUGGCAGGCACGAGACUCGUCCUCAGGUCUCCGGGGAGUCGUCGGGCAAACGAGCACCGUUGAGAACGUACGUCGGUCCCGAACCCGUGAACCUUCGCUCAGGUGUGAAAAAGAUAGGGUUCAAGCGCCUAACUUAUGAUCAGGCGCGAGAGUUCAGGAAGUAACACAUGUACGGCCCGUAUUCCUGUAAUUGACAUUCGG